CCUAAUGCGAAGUCAGCCAAUGCCUAAACACAACUUCCUUACAGGACACUUGCUCGAAAUGAAGCGAUACAUGGACACCGUUCCUUCAGACUCCACCAUCAAUACUACCAUUGCUGCUAUGGCGCACGAAUUUCCAGGAGGAGUAUUCUAUAUCGAUCUUUGGCCGUUCACCAAGCCUCUGCUUAUAUCCACUACACCUUCGAGCGGGUAUCAAUUACAACAACAUGCCCUUGACAAACCCAAAGAAAUUUCCGAUGCCUUUUGGCAUCUGACGGGCGGCCCAAACCUCUUCACGAUGCCAGAGACUCCUUGGAAACCGUGGCGUACCAUCCUCAAUCCGGCAUUUAGCCCCGCUCACAUACUCACCUUGUCGAAGACCAUCGCAACCGAAAUGCAAGUCUUUUGCGAGAUCCUUGAGGAGAAAGCACAUCGAGGCAGCAUAUUUCAACUCGAAGACUUGACACUAAAACUUACUGUGGAUGUCAUAGUAGCAGUAGCUCUCAAUACGCGGCUUCAUUACCAGCAGAAAGAGAAUGCCCUGGCGUCAUCCUUGCGAACUUUGAUUGAAUGGACUUCAUUCGGGGAUGACCUCAAUCCCUUCACACGAUAUAACCCAUUGCGGCCGCUCGUUCAAUUCUAUCUCAGCCGAAAACUUAACAAUCUGAUUGAAGUUGAGAUUGACCGACAAUAUUCCGAACUUUUGGAAGAUCAGAGUCUCUCAAAAGAGACAACGAACUCAAAGUCCAUCAUGUAUCUGACGUUGCAGAACUACUUGAAUGAGACAAAGAAAUCCAAGGAAACUCAAAGAUCUACAUCGAAAGGAUUGGACCGAAACUUCAAAAACGUGGCAGCUGCUCAGAUACGGUUGUUCCUCGUAGCUGGCCACGACACAACCAGCAGCACCCUGUUGUACUGCUACUACCUUCUUGGCACAAGCCCCGACGCGAUGCGCAAGAUCCGCGAAGAGCACGAAAAUGUUUUUGGCUCAACGGACGUUUACAACGCAAUUUCACAAGACGCAACAUGCUUGAACCGACUACCAUACACAUCUGCUGUAAUCAAAGAAGCUGGGCGCCUGUUUCCAGCCGCUUCCGCGAUGCGAGGCGGUGUUCCCGGUGUCUCAAUCACUGACGAUGACGGCAGAGAGUUCCCAAGCGACGGUUGCAGUAUUUGGGUCAUCCACCUCCUGCUUCAUCGGAAUCCCAAAUAUUGGAAGGAUCCCCACGCAUUCAUCCCGGAACGGUGGUUGAUCGAGGACCCAAAAGAUCCUUUGCACCCAGUGAAGGGUGCUUGGCGACCUUUCGAAUUUGGACCCCGUAAUUGCAUCGGGCAGUCAUUAGCAACACUGGAGAUGCGCAUCGCGCUCGCCAUGACAAUUCGCAAGUUUGACAUCAAGCCAGCGUAUGAUGAGUGGGACAAGAUUCAUAAGAACACGCGCAAGAAGAUUGUAUUUGGUACCCGGGCAUACCAAGUUCAAGGAGGUGGUGGAGGCGCUCACCCGUCCGCUGGUCUACCAUGUGAGGUUUUUGUAAGGAACGGAUAGGUUGGUAAGGGUCAUCACUUAGCUUCAUAACAU